AGACCUAUCAUUUAGAACUCGGACUUCUCCUCAAGAUGGCGGGAGGGGAUAAAAUUCUUUUUCCUCACGAAAUAUCUAGUUAUAAUGCUCUAGAUUGGUCGGAAGAUGGCACAGUAGCAAUUGCUACAGAUAAUGGAGUUUUACUUUUGACUUUGCAGUGGUCACCAACAUUAGUAGAUUCCAAACCAAUAUUUCACCAGUCUAUGUUGACAUAUCCAGAUGAACCAAACAAUAUGUUAGGACUUACAGUUCUGCAAUAUGAAACUAUUCAGAAUGAUUCUACCACUUGCCAGUCACAAGAGAUAGCACUAGAUAGAACAAUCUGCCCCAUUAUUAAAAGUACCACCAAGUUUACAACUUUCAAGUGUGCAAAAUGGUCACCACGUGGCGGAGAUAUAGAAGGGAAAUGUUUAUUGUCAACAUUAACUUUAGAUCAUCGAUUAAGUUUAUACUCAACAGGAAAGAUCAAUACAGAAUUUAAACUGUUAGUUGAAUUGUCCUCUGUAUAUUCUGACAAGGCGAAGUUAGAAAACUUAACUUUUAACUGUUUAAAAACAGAAGCAUAUAGGAUCUCUGCCGUUGAAAUGUCUUGGUCUCCUGUCAUUGCAUUAAAGGACAACAAAUUUUCAAUCUUGUCUGUUGGAAUGUCAAAUGGUGACAUUGUUUUAUGGAAGGUAAAAUUUCCAUGUACUGGAAGGGAGGAUUGUAGUGUCAUCACUGUCCUAAAGAUAUCAUCAGGUUUACCAUCUGCCAUGACAUGGUGCAAUAGAAUUCUUACUGGAAAUGUAGCGUGCUGCAUUGUUGGUUUUGAUUUGGGAAUUAUAAAGGCCAUAUCAGUUAAUGUUAAUAUGCCAAAUAAAACAACAACAGUUAAUCUUUGUGAGCAGUCCGAUGGUAUGAAAGUUACAACUGUAAGUGCCAAGUCUAUUGAUGCAGACAAAAUAACCAUUCUUGCUACGAAAGAAAUCUUCAUACUUUCAUAUGAGGUGGAAGUAAUUUACAAGAUUUUACGUCUGUUCUCGUCUUCACAUACAACAGGAGAUUAUAACUACUUUGCUUCAGGACUUAGUUAUAAUAAUGGAAGAUAUCUAUUAAGUAGUUGUGAUGGAACAAUUCUGAAAUUUUCUGAAGAUAAAAUUUCUCAAUCUUUGCUAGUCACAUACAAACAUGCAGGUGACCUUGAGACCACAUGGUCCUGUUAUGGCAUUGCAUGGUCAAGUUGUGGUCUCUUUAGUAUUGCUGCAUUUAAACCAGCAAAUAUAUGUGAAGAUAGACAGGUCAGACCUGGAACAUUAGAAGUCCAAAUUUUACCAGUGGAUGUUGACAGCCAAAAAGAAACACUAAAAAAUUAUUUAUUAAAUGAGCAAAGUUUGAAUGAAAUUCCAGAGUGUAUGGAGGUAUUCAGGGAAAAUCUAUGGGAAGGCAAUAAUCCACUUCAGGAAAUAAAUGAUCUUUUCAGACAAGAGGGAAAGUGGUUUGAUUUUUCUUCUAAAGUUCUUCGUGUUCUACGCUAUUUCUUAUUGGCUGUUCAAAUGAGAAUCCCACACUCGGACAAAGAAAAGAAUGAAGAAUUAGUCUUAUCAGAGCGUAAUAUAAGUAAAAUCAGUGAUAUAUUACUCUGUAAGCAUCUAAUCAUUUGCCUUAACAAGGCUUUUAAUUUAAAAUCAAAGUUACAAAACAAUGAUUUAAUUGUACUUCAAUCUAUGAUAAACUGGAUGGAUAGUAAACAUGAAUUAAUCAAAUCAACAUUAUUAUUGCAUACAAUUUCAAAAAUCAAAGCAGUUUUAAAAAACUUUAAUCAUACAUUUAAAUGUUGUAUUUGUGAUAACAAAUUUUCAUUGGAAGGUAGAGUAUAUAAAUGUGAAGAUGGACAUAUAUUUGGAAUGUGUUGUCAGACAACUUUACCGUGCCAAUAUAGUGUUCGAACAUGUUCUACAUGCAGUUCAGUGGCAACUAGUAUAGAUGAAAUUUCUUCUCUGCCAUGGCUUGAUGUUAAACCAUCACAAUGUACAUUUUGUGAUGGUUUUUUGGUUUGAUUUUUACAUUAAAUUUUUGUCUUCAA